CACGGAGCACACGGGACACACCAAGCACACCGGGCCGCCCGCCCGGUCCCGCCGCUCCCGUCCGGGCACGGCCGCACCGGCACCGACCCCCGCUCCCCCGGCUCCCGCCGCUCCCGCCGGCGCCGCAAGUUUGUCCCUCCGCGGCCGCCAUCCCCCUCCUCCCAAGGCCCAAGAUGGCAGCGCCCGGCGGGGCAGCCGCGGCCGCGGCGCCGAUCCCGAUCGCGGCCCUGAUCCCGGUGCCGGACCCGCCGCCGUUUCCAGCCUGGCUCGCAGAGCGGCUGGACGCGCUGGGGCUGGACCGCGCCGUGUACGGCGCCUACAUCGAGGGGCUGUUGCGGGAGGAGGAGAGCGACGAGGAGCGGCUGGAAGCGCUGCGGGCCGUCCUGGCCGCCUGCCUGGAAGAAGAUCUCUUGAACGAUGUGUGCAGGGAGGUCAUGGACAGAUGGUCUGACUCUCAGGUCGUUGAUGCCAAAGAGGAGAAAGAAGGUAGAGUGCUGUGCCUCGGGAUGCUGUGCCCUGGUGCUCAGUGUGGGGUGACCUGUGGGGCCUUACCACAAGGGGAACUUUGUGUUUGUCCUGGCAGGAGUUAAACCAACGCUGCCCUCGUGUCUGACCUGCCUCUCAUUCACUGCUGCUCAGUUACUGUUUUAUCUGCAAUGGGGAUGAGUAG